AUGUUCAAAAAGAUAUCUCGACAUUUGGAGAGGAAGAGGGAGGGCAAGGUGCCUGUCAAAUUCAGGUUCGAUGUCCGCUGCCUCGACCUGAGGGGUGUGCCUUCAAAGUCAGUCAAACAAUGCCGCGUGGUGUGGUCCCGGGGGCCCAAAGUGCAGAUGACGAAGCUUUCAAUGGUAGCUAGUGGUGUGGCCAAGUUCGAUGAGAUGCUUUCCCAGGUGGCCACAGUGUACAAGGCAUCAGAGAACACCUUGGAGCCAAAGGAAUACAACUUCAAGAUUCAAUCUCCAGGGAAAGGGUCAGACUCAAAAAUGUUGACAAUUGGCAGAGCAACAGUGGAUAUGGCACGCUAUGCCACACUUUUGGCCAGCAAACCCGAGGUGCUGGAGAUCCCCAUCAAUUUUGAGUUUAGCAAGAGCCGCCCAGCUGGGGUGCUGAGGUUGAGCAUCACUGGUGUAAUGCUCAAGGGCCUUGCUCCAGAAGACACGUUAACAGAGAUGUCGAUGAUGUCGGGGGUCAGCACCCUGAGCCGCGAGAGGGUUGCUGAGCAGGACCUGGCAGGCUUUGAGCCAAGCGAGCUGUCGUUUGAUGCAAGGGGCCAGACCUUCCCGCUUGAGAGGGGCCAGAGCUUUCAGCAUGAUAAUGACACAUCCUUUACCACCGGUGGGCAGCAUCGAAACCAGCAGUUUGGCACCUUGGUGACAUCCAGCAUGGGGCUACCUGCACAGACAUCUGAGUCAAUCACUAUCAAUUCCCGGCAGUCUCCAGACAGUGACUUUAAUUUUGGCUUUGAAAAGAUGAUCGCUGAGAACGCUGAGCUGAAGGAGGCUCUGGCCAAGGCCCAGGCUGAGAAGGAGGAGCUGAGGGCCGCUUGCCAGGCAGCUGUUGAGCAGGAGGACAACCUCCAUGCCCAGCUGGACAACUUGAGACAGUCACAAGGUGUGAACAAAGACUAUAGUGAGGAAGAUGAAGAGGAGGAAGAAGAGGAGGAAGAUUGUGAAGUGCUGGGGUUGAGAAGUCGGCUGGCAGCUCUUGAAGCAGAGAAGGCAACAUGGACAGCAAAACUGGAAGAGGCUGCCAAAUUCAAACUGCUGGCAGAAGAGGCAGUGAAAGAGAAAGAGACACUGGAGGCGGAAUUGGCCCGUGGCGCUACAGUCGACUCUGGCAGCGAUUUAGAGUUCCACGUCCAAAGCGAAAAUGAAGAAUCACAAGGAGAAUCCACCCGCAGGAGGCACCACCACGCCAUGGGUGAUAAGGAAGAACUCAGGCAGAAGCUGGAGGCAAGCGAGAAGCUUGUGCUCUCCCUUGAACAACAGCAUGCUGACGUGUACAACCAGCUGGAGCAGCUUGUCAAUGAAAGGGAACAGCUCAAGAAACAGUUGGAAGAUCUGAGUGCCGAGGUGUCAGAGAUGAGCAACCUCAGGGCUAAGGUUGCAACCCUGGAGGAGGAGCUCUCAGAGUUGAUGGAAUCGAAGGCUGUUGGUGAGGCUGUGGUUGAAUUGAGGAAGGAAAGAGAUGAAAUAUCUAAGGAGUUGAGCGUGAGGAUACAGGAGGCCACCAAGGCAGAAGAAUGGGCACAAGAUUUUCGGAGAACUCUCCGGAAUUCAGAGGACCAGUUGGCAGCAGCAAUGUCAAGGAUUGAAGAGCUGGAAGAGGAGAAGGCCAGCAACGAAGUUGAAAUGAGUGCGCUGAAAGGCGAGAAAGAGCAGAUGCUUGAGGCCACUGCAGUGGCUGAACACACUGCACGUGAUAUGCAGGCAAGGCAGACUGAAUUAGAGAGUAUUGUGAGCGCCCUUGAGGCUGAUGUGCAUGAGUAUCAGUCCAGAAUGGAACAGCUGCAGGGGAGUAACGUGGAAGCCGAGGCUCAGGUGAAAGAACUUCAUGUCAAGAAUGAGAAAAUGGCAUCAGAAUAUGACACACUGCUGAGACGUUCAGAGGCAUUGUCUAAAGUUGAGAAGCAGCUCAGUGUCCAGGAGUUGGCGUGCGGAGAACUGCAGCAGAGCCUUGCAGAGACAGAGGACAGGUGUGCUAAUACGGAAGAAAAAUUAAGUGAGGUCACUGCUGCUUUGGCAGCUGCCAACGACAGGGCGACGGCCCUGGCUGCAGAAUGUGCUGAAGCUGAGACCAUGGUGUCAGAGACGCUGUCAAAGGCGCAGCAGUCUGAAGAUGAGCUCAAGGCAGCCCUUGAAACUGUGUCCAGGCUUGAAGCAGAAAUCACUGAAGUUUUGGCUCAGAAGAGUGGGGCAUGCGAAAGGGUGGACCACUUGGAAAAAGUGUGCGCAGAUCUUGAGCUCAAUGCUGAGAACACUGCUGAUGCCUUGGAGAAGCUCACAACAGUUGAGGAGGUGCUUGCUGCUACAGUGGCGGAGAAGCAGGACCUGGAAGCGAAGGUGGCAGAAUCUGAAGCAGUCAGCAAGGAGUGCAGAGACAGGGCAACUGUGCUCGAGGAAAGUCUGCUGGAAAGCCAAGAGAAGGCCCAAUCCUGCCAGAGUGAUCUGAAGGGCCGAUUGGCAACUGCAGAGCAGGAACGCGAUUUGUUGCAGCACCAACUCCAGGAAGCAGAGAAUAGGCACAGUGAUUUUGAGGUUAGAUUCGUCAAGAUGAGCGAGAGCCUGGCAGUCUCUGAAGCCAACCUGGGCGAGGCUACUGCUAAACUCGAGUCAUGUGAAGAGAGGUUAGCUGGUGCUGAAGCCAAAUUAUCAACUUCUGAAAACAGGGUGCAAGAGGCACUGGAGGAAAAAUCAGUUGUGGAACAGAGGCUGUUGGAAGUUGGGCGUUGUGUUCAGGAGUUGGAAGCUACCUCAGCAUCCAAUGCUACCAGGGUUGAGCAGCUUGAAGAGAGCCUGGCUGCAGUGACGUCCCAGAAAAGAGAGGCAGAACAAAUGUCAUAUGAGCUUGAGCAGACGCGGGACACGCUCACAGGCAAGAUCAGCAGCCUUGAAGAGAGCCUUAAAGAGGACCAUGCGACAGCCAUGGCAGUCUUGGAGAGGGAGUGGUCGAGCAGGGUGAGCGAGCUGGAGAACGAGAAUGCAGAUCUGCACAGGAGGGAAGUGAACCUCAGUGAUAGCCUUGGUACUGCAAAGAAUGAGCUUGAGAGGUUGUCAGACUCACUGGGGCAGCGUGUUGAGUUCCUGGAAGCAGAGGCAAGGGAAAGCGAGGCAAAGAUGGAUGGGUUGGAGCUCGAGAAGGAGGAAUUCAGAGGUCGUGUCCUGGAGGCUGAGAAGCAGGUAUCCCAAGUCAAGCUGGAAAGGGAUGCUGCCUUGGAGAACCAUGCUGAAGCUGUUGCUGAGCUGCAACGGUCCAAGGAACAAGUGCUGGCCUUGGGAUCAGAGAGAGAUGGCCAGCUGACCAUGAUUGACAGUGCCAACGCGCGUGCAGCACAAUUGGAGUCGGACAUGGUGUCCCUGUCCACACAGUGCACCAGCCUCUCAGACCAGCUGAAGGUUGCCACUGUUGGACAGGAAGAGUGUGCCAAGGAGUUGGCAGCUGUUCGUACCACUGUCAGCGAAUUGGAAGGUGAGAGAUCCAAGCUGCAGCAAGAUAAUCUUCGACUAAUUGAAGAAGCAGCCGCAGCUCAGGCCCAGAUCAAGGAUCUUGAAGAAUCAGCUAGCAAGGUCGAGGCGGAAUGUGAGACUCUGCGCGGCAGGUGCACACAAUUGGCUGAGGAGGUCGCUGGUACCAGUUCCAGGCUGCAUGAGCUGCAGGGGAACUCGGAGGGUAUGAAGAGCGACUUUGACAGACUCCAGGCCGAGGCUGAAGCUCUGAAAAGCGAACAUGCAGCUAUCCAGGAAAACAACCUCCAGCUGCAGGCGGAUGUGUGUGCAGCCAACGCACAGAUCAGCGACCUCAAAGCGCUGGAAUCGGUGAACGACGACUUGUCCAAGCUCCAGUCUGACCACAGGAAUCUGCAGGAUGAAGUGAAGGUCUUGCGUGAGACAAACGUGGAGUUGAGUAAGAGCUCAAGCACUGCCACAGCAAUGAUGCAGGACAACGAAAACCUAAGGACAGAGCUGGCCAGCUUGGAGACCUCAAGCAGCCAAUUCUUGACUGAGAUUCAGGAUCUGAAAGCAGAGAAUGCCAGUAUGAAGACAGAGGUAGAAGGCUUAAGAUCAGCUGCUGCCACAGCUGCUCUCAAAGCGUCCUAG